CGGGGUCCGCAAAUCGUUUGUGUUGUCGUAAAACUGUCGUAAACUUUUCUUGCGGUAGAUGUGUUUCCAUAACAGUCAACGUGUUGUCCUUGUGAGAAUGAGCACAAAGUAGCAAUUUAGUCAAGUGGUCAAAAGCAAGAGAAGAGAUGGCUUCACCUUUUCUGAGACUCUCUGUGUUUAUUCAGAAGUAUCGGACACCGCUGCUCCUUGUCGGCUGUGGAGGGGUAUUUUCUGCCAACAUUUUCUAUCAUGUUUUCCCAGAAUAUACAUACAGAAAAGUAUACCAGGCUUGGCACAAAGGAAAACCAGCCAGUCUUUCGGAGAAGCUUGAGAACGUCUUUCAAGAGGUGCUCAAAGAUUCUGCUGUCAGCUUCCCUAAAAACUUCAGUGCUUUUGCUGCCUUUGGCUUUCACCCGGUAGGGGCAGGUGUUCCAUGGCUUACCUCUGGAGCGCAGAUCGGCAUCCCAGCCAACUUCAACAGCACCACCGAUGAUCCAUCGGGCAUCACCAACCGCACUAUUCUCAUCAAUGGCAAAGAGCUGGAGUGGGACAGCGAUUCAGGUGCUGCUCUCAAAAACUCCUUGGUGUUCUCUCUGGAGGCACAGAAGUUUGCUAUAGCCCGAGAAGUGGCCCGACUGGGGGCUGGGGGACCCGUGUUGCACGCUGCAGUGGCUCCAGCAUGUCUGGCAGGGGCUUGUAUAUAUAGUGUAGCCCUCAAGCAGAUCUUUGGGCUCCAGGCUGGGUCCAUCUUCUUCAGGGCUGGUGUUAAUGUGUUUGCUGUGGGUUUAGGGGUCGUGUCUUAUAUCCUGGCUUCUGAUGCUCUGAGCCAGUGGUUGGACUACAGCUCGGACCACUGUGCAGCAUGUCUGUCAAGCAAUUAUGCAAAGGGUGGUUUAGAGUUCUAUGAGAAAAUCUUGACACGGAACAAGACCCUGCGCUCUCUAAUGGGCACAAAAGGGGAAGAGAUGUAUGCCCCCAGUGGAAACUUGUUUCCUGGACAUCUGCUGCAACUCAGACACGCCCCUUACACAUCUAGACGGGAUAAGAUUUUAAAUCUUUUGAAAAAUGAGAAAGUAUAAACUGUCUGAUUAUAUUUAAAAGCAUAUAUGUGCUUAAUUUCUACCAUGUGAAAAUCAUAUUGCAAUACUGCAUUUGUAUAUGGACAGUGCUUUUGAAAUGGUACAACACACCACUUGAUAACUUGUCUUCCCUUUAUCACAAAUAAACAAUUUAACUUA